AUGGCGGCCACAGAGAAAGACCAGACAACGAUCGCAACAGCAAAGGAGCUGGAACACGUCCCCUGGAGUGAGGAAUACGAAAAGAUGAUCUCCGGCAUGUUAUACAACUCCCUUGUCCCCGAACUAGAAGAGACACGCUGGAAAGCCCGCAAAUGGUGUCACCUGUACAACACGACAUUUCCGGGUCUGGACGACCCGACCUUCACCAUGACCGACGGGGCCAACGCGCGCUACGAGCAACUCACCCAGAUCCUCGGCCGUGUCGGCAAGGACGCCUACAUCGAACCGCCCCUCUAUCUUGACUACGGCUGUAACGUCUCGCUUGGAGAACGGUUCUACGCGGGCAUGAACACAGUAAUACUCGACUGCUCACUCGUCCUGAUCGGCCACCGCGUGAUGUUUGGGCCCAACGUGUCCAUCUUCGCGGCGACGCACGAGACCGAAGUGACGUCGCGGCGCGAGUACAUCGAGUUCGCCAAGCCCGUCGUCAUCGGCGACGACUGCUGGAUCGGCGGCGGCACCGUCGUCUUGCCCGGCGUCACCAUCGGCAAGGGCUGCACCAUCGGCGCCGGCAGCGUCGUCUCCAGAGAUGUUCCGGACUGGUCGGUCGCCAUGGGUAGUCCCGCUAGGGUCGUCAGGACCGUCCAACCCUUGCCGGAUUUGAAGCCCGGUGACGAGGUCGCUUUCACCGCUGUUGAACGCCAGAGCUGA